GGGGCGCGCCGCACCGCUGCCGUGAGCAGAGCCCGGGGCCUCGGCUGAAGAGCUCUGCCGUCUCUUGGCGAACACCCUGCGCCAAGUGUCCCCGCGGAGCACCUUGCCGGCUGUUACCUCCGUUCUUCCCGAAGCAUAACGGAGGGGGAGGAGGGGAAAAAAAGCAAGAGAAGUUUUAUAUUUAUUUUUUUAGGCAUUUAAAAAAAGAUUCUCCGCCCCUGCUGCUACCCCUGCGCUGAGGGCUGUGAGACAGAGUGCAGUGGGGGAGGAAAGAGAGAGAGGGCAGAGCUGGACCCGGGCUGUCCGGAGCUUUGCCCCCCUGUGUACCUGGGGGUGCUGAAUGCAAGCUCCUCCAAGCGCAGCAGCAGCGGCUCGGCAGAUGUAGAUGUGUGCGUGUGUGUAUGCUUAACCCUUUCUUGGCUCUUCGGAUUUAUACCAUGCUGAAGAUCCUCACCAAAAAGCUCAGGAACCAGAGUUUGAAUGAAAUUCAGCCUUUCCAGCUAAAGAUCUCCUACCCCCCAAGUGAUGAGGACAGCGACGACUCUGAGGGAGAGAACCAGGAACUUGCCCAGAUUGACAGAGAGAGAAGACGGAAUUGUACCUUGACCCCUCUGGCCACCAACCAGCUUCAGAAUCAGGAGAAUCAAUGCUGCAAAGUUCGGGCCCUUUUCCAUGCCAGCCUGGAUCGCCAUAGCUCAGAAGAGGAGCUGGAGCGUAUCAACCGAGAAUUCGCUGCUGAGAAACGAAAGUGGUCUCAGGUCAGCAGGCUUGCCUGCUGCAGUGACAGCAACAACACAUCCUCCAGUGAUGAAGAAGUGAAGAACUUGUGCACCAUGUCCUUCCGACCUGUAGCAGAACAGGCUGAUGGCCUACAUGCUAGCCCAAGCCCUGUGCUCUUCAGUGCCUCCCCUCCUAAGAGACUCCAGCCCCUGGUGCGGAACCCAGCCUCCAGACCUAUAAUCUUCACGAGCGUCGGGGCAGGCUUUGAGCAAGUCAUGCCUUGUAAGAGACAUCGACAAGGAUAUGGGGAUAAGGUCAGCAGGCCCAGCCUGGACCUGGAAAAAAUGCAGCAGAGCAUCAGCGGAGGCCGCCCGCCAGCCCAUUUUGUGUAUGAUCCGUCCACCUUUGCCUUCCGUUCCCUCAGCACCUUGAAGCCGCUGAGCCCCAUAGUUCCAGUGGAAGAACCGUCAUGUGCCUACUGAAGGAGUUUCUCCAAAAACCUCAGGAACUGUCAACCGGCUGCCUGCCUGGCAGGGAGUUGGGGAGGGGGU